CUCGAAUUGAAAAAUCAAAAAUUUCUGAAAAAUGAAUUAUUUUAGACUGAGAACUGGACAGUUAACUAAACGUACAUUCUAUUCUUCAUCAAGAACAUUCUCCGCCCCAGAGUCUCCAUUUAGCAAGUUCGUCAAUGUACUCAGAGAGGAACUUCGGAAGAAUGCAGAGUUCCAAGAGAAUUAUAAGCAACUAUCCGGUGAAGCUGGAAAAGUACAAGAUAGUGAAGCUAUGCAGAGAGCCAGAGAAGUAUAUCAGCGUGCCACGAUCGCGAAUUUGAUGAAAAACAACCCAAGAUUACAAGCAGCGACAGAAAACUUAAAAAAGAAUGGUGGAAAGGUCUCAGAAGGUGUAGGUGAAGCACUCCGUGGUAUAGAGAACUCCGAAGCUUUCAGAGCGUUAUUACGUGCAACAAACGCAGCUUCAACUGCCGUUUCUUCAGCUACGCAACCAAUUAGAGACACAGAAGCAUACAAAACUUUCGCCGAGACUAUCUCAGAUGCUCUUGAUGAUACUAGCAGAGGUGGCUAUGAGGACAAGGAAGCGAGAAGACUGCGUAGACAAAGGCGUCUGGCGAAAGCAGGAAAGGAUGGAAUAGCAAAAAAGAGAGUCAAAAAAGAUGAAUUGGCAGGUGAAGCACUCGUUUUACAUGAGAAUGCAAACAAACCUUCAAAAUGGCAAGAAUAUAAGGACAACUCACCUUUAUUCCAAAGAAUGGCUGAUUUGCAUGAACAGUACCACGAAUCUGAAUCACCAACUGUUCUCACACUUAGAUCAGUCACUGACAGGAUAGGCGGUCUCUUUGAGGAGAAUGAAACAGCACGUGUUACUAGAGCUUUCAAAGCACUUGAUCCAGACUUCACACAAGAUAACUUCCUUGUUGAACUCCGCGAAUACAUCGUUCCAGAAGUCGUAGAUGCUUACCUUAACGCUGACAAAGAUGCCUUGAGAAGAUGGUGUGGUGAAGCUACCUACAACGUUCUCUGGGCCAGUAUGGAAGUAUACCUCAGCAAAGGUCUUAUCUCUGAUAGCAAAGUACUCGAUAUCCGUUCAGUUGAGGUAAGCAAAGGACAAAUGCUCGACAAUGACGUUCCAGUCUGGCUCGUUAUCUUCCACACACAAGAAAUUCUUCUCUUUAGAGACGCGAAAUCCGGUAAACCUGUCGUUGGUACUGAAGAUGGUGUUGAGCAGGUAGCUUACGUCGGUGUCUUCACUCGUGUAGAGGAUGAAUUAGAAGAUGAACUUACAGGUGGUUGGAAAGUUAUUGAAAUGGCUAGAAGAGGACAGAAAGCUUACAUUUAAAUUUACAAUUAUAGACAGACACAACCACAACCCC